AUGUCGCUCUACUGGGAGCGUGUACUUUCGAAUUCACCCACUUCGCAGAAUGUAAAUCAUUCUGGAUUGGGCGCAACGCCUACAGCUGCUGCUCAACAGAACAAUCAGCCUGCAAAUUGGGACUAUAUUAACUUAGGAAAUGCUCCAUAUCAACAGCAGAAUUACCAUUGGGGUCAGCAUGUUGGUCCGCAUGUGGAUGCAAAUCAUUCGACUGGUUCUUCCAUGUCUGAUCCUUAUGCAGCGGCUGUAAUGGGUGGCUUUCAGCAGGGAGGAGUUCAAAAUGUUGUAUAUCCCUAUCAACAACAGCAACAGCAUGAAGCCCAUGUCAAGACUUACAAUUCGAUACCUGCACAAGAAGCGAGCGCUAAUCAAACCUUCUAUUACCAGCAGCAGCAACAGCAACAACAACAACAGCAACAGCCACAACAAGUGCCACAAAACCCGGGACCAGCGGAAACAUCCAGUCCUCCGCCGUCUGUACCACCACAACAGGUGCAACAUACUUUGGUUUCGACUAAGCAACCAACGCAAGCUCUGAGUCAACAACCAAAAUCUAUGGAGGUGAGCAAAUUAGAUUUAGAAAAAUAUCAAAGUUCUUUUUUUACCAACUGCGAAACGCUUAGCUUCCAAAUAGCUUUUCUAGAUUCAAAAGUGCUUCUUUUUUACAUCAUCUUUCUAUCGCCCUAAUA